GGAGCUACCGGCUUUCACUUCCUGGAUGUCUUCUGCUGAGAGUGCUUCACCAUGAAAAUACUCACUUUACUCUCCCUUUUUGCUACAAACGUGUUGGCAGACAGCGUUAACAUCGUGGACAGCGCCGGGCAGUUCUUUAGCAGUGGACAUACAAACAACUGGGCUGUUUUAGUGUGUACCUCCAGAUUCUGGUUCAACUAUCGACAUGUGGCAAACACUCUGUCCGUGUACAGAAGCGUCAAGAGGCUGGGGAUCCCUGACAGCCACAUAGUCCUGAUGCUGGCUGACGACAUGGCCUGUAACCACAGAAACCCCAAACCUGCCACGGUGUUCAGCCACAAGAACAUGGAGCUGAACGUGUACGGAGACGACGUGGAGGUGGACUACCGAGGAUAUGAGGUGACAGUGGAAAACUUCCUGCGAGUUUUGACUGGACGGCUGCCUCCCAGCACGCCACGCUCCAAACGCCUCCUCUCUGAUGACCGGAGCAACAUCCUCAUAUACCUGACAGGCCAUGGCGGGAACGGCUUUCUGAAGUUCCAGGACUCGGAGGAGAUUAGCAAUGUGGAGCUGGCCGAUGCUUUUGAGCAGAUGUGGCAGAAAAGAAGGUACAAUGAGCUGCUCUUCAUCAUCGACACCUGUCAGGGCGCCUCCAUGUACGAGAGGUUUUACUCCCCAAACCUCAUGGCUUUGGCCAGCAGUCAGGUGGGAGAAGACUCCCUGUCGCAUCAGCCGGAUUUGGCUAUCGGAGUCCAUCUGAUGGACCGCUACACCUUCUACCUCCUGGAGUUCCUGGAAGACAUCAACCCUUCCAGCAAGACCAACAUGAACGAUCUGUUCAAAGUGUGUCCGAAGAGUCAGUGUGUGUCCACACCGGGACACCGCACCGACCUUUUCCUGAGGGAUCCAGGAAGCGUUCUCAUCACGGACUUCUUCGGCAGCGUCCGCAAAGUGGAGAUCACCACGGAGGCCGUGAACCUGAGCGAGCCCGUCCGGCCGGCGGAGGACAGGUGA